UUCACAUGUCUCUCUGAGAUAAUAGCCAAGCCUUGCUGUCUCACGCUCCCUUCCUCCCUCUCCAACCCAGCAGAACAGAUGUUAACAAUCUCCGUCUCCCAAGAGUGGAAAAAGGCCUUCUAAAGCCAACAACGAUUUCUCUGCGCAAUCGUUUAUUAUUUCCCUCUUUUGGGCUCUUUCCGGUUUGUGCAGCUCGGCACCGAGAAAAAAGAGGCCUCUCCAUUAAAACCAGGGUGGAACUCCAUCACAAAAGCUCCACUUGUCGGCUUCUCCUCCCUUUGGCUCCUUUCUGGGUCUCUCUGCCAGACGAUAGCAGUCAUCUUCCGGAUGGAUUCCUCUCUAUGAGAAAAAAGCAGGAUCCGCCCUGGUCCUGAACAAAAGCAUCGGCUCCACAUCUGCAUCCGAAUCCAUUCCCGGAGGAUCUACUUUGCAAAAGGACUUGGGCGAGAAGACAGAGGAUGCAGAAGGACCCUCUGCUGGUCCUGGAGACGGACGAUGGGACCAUCAAUCGGGCCGAAGGGGGUUCGGAGGAAGAGGAGAUGGGGCCCCGCCCCUUGGAGACCCCUUUCCAGAAGGAGGCCCCCCCUGCCCCACAGAUCAGGGUCAACCUCUACUACCGCGCGGGGCUCGUCAGCCCAAAGGACCCCCACCGAUUCGCCCGUGAGCGUCUCUUCAAUGCCAUUGUCAAGGGAAUCCCUGAAGAGCUGGACGGCCUGAAGGAAUACUUGCAAAGAACCUCCAAAUUCCUCACCAACUCAGAAUACCGGGAUGGCAAAACCGGCAAGACCUGCUUGAUGAAGGCCCUGCUGAACCUGAAGGAUGGGGACAACCCCACCAUCCCUUUGCUGCUGAAGAUCGACAGGGAGAUGCAGAACCCGCGGCCACUCAUCAACACCGCUUGCACCGACAGCUACUACAAAGGCCACACACCGCUCCACAUCGCCAUCGAGAAACGGAGCCUGGCCUUGGUCCAGCUGCUGGUGGAGUAUGGGGCCGAUGUCCAAGCAAAAGCCAGUGGUCAGUUCUUCCACCAGAAGAAAAAGGGGGCCUGUUUCUACUUUGGUGAGCUUCCCCUCUCCUUAGCAGCCUGCACCAACCAGCUGGACGUGAUCCACUUCCUCCUCCACAAUCCAUACCAGGAGGCCCAACUGACCGCACAGGACUCUUUGGGCAACACGGUCCUCCACGCCUUGGUGAUGGUGGCAGAUGACACGGAGAGGAACACGGAGAUGGUGGUCCAGAUGUACGACGCCCUCCUGCGGGAAGGAACCCGGAUCGACCCUUCCUGGAGGCUGGAGGAGAUGGUCAACCAGGAAGGGAUGACCCCUCUGAAGCUGGCCGUCAAGACUGGGAAAGUGGAGAUCUUCAAGCACAUUAUCCAACGGGAAGUCACGGACCCCGAGUUCCGGCACCUUUCGCGCAAGUUCACCGAAUGGACCUACGGGCCGGUCCAGGUCUCGCUCUACGAUUUGUCUUCCGUCGACAGCUUUGAGAAAAACUCUGUGCUGGAAAUCCUCGCCUACAGCAGUGACACACCGAACCGGUACAAGAUGGUGGUCCUGGAGCCGGUGAACAAGCUCCUGCAGCACAAAUGGGACUCUUUUGCCGCCUGGCGCUUCUACGUCAGCUUCUUCUCCUACACGGUGUUCAUGGCGGUCUUUUCAGCCGUCGCUUACCACCGGCCACUGGAUGGGAAGCCCCCGUUUCCAGUGACGACGCUCGAGGAUAUUUUGCGGCUCCUUGGAGAGCUGCUUGUCCUCUUUGGAGGCAUCUACCUCUUCUUGGCUCAGAGUCUUUACUUAUGGAGGAGACGGCGGUUAUGGAAAAGCCUUCUGAUGGAUGGCUGCAUCGACAUAUUCUUGUUUUUGCAAUCUCUGGCCUUGCUCCUUUCGGCGAUAACUUACCUCUCUGGAUUGGAAGAAUACGUUCCGUUGAUGGUUUUCUCUCUUCUGCUGGGCUGGGUCAACAUGCUGUAUUACACGCGUGGUUUCCAGCAGACGGGGAUCUACAUCGUCAUGAUACAAAAGGCCAUUCUCAGGGAUCUUCUCCAUUUCCUGAUGGUUUAUGUCAUCUUCCUUUUCGGAUUCGCCACAGCCCUCGUCAUCCUCACGGCUCCCCAGGAAACAGCCAAAAAUGUGUAUCCCGUCUCAACGGACGAUGACAAAGGAGGCCAAGUUCGGUACACCGGCCUGCUCACGACAUCCUUGGAGCUCUUCAAGUUCACCAUUGGGAUGGGAGAGCUGGAGUUCCACGAAGAUGUCAAAUUCAAGUACCUUGUGAUGCUGCUGCUGCUUCUCUUCGUGGUCCUGACUUACAUCCUCCUGCUCAAUAUGCUCAUCGCGCUCAUGAGCGAGACCGUCACCAACGUCUCCGGCUUCAGCCAGAGCGUCUGGAAGCUCCAGAGAGCGAUUGCGAUUCUGGAGAUAGAGAAAAACUGGUUCUGGUUCUGUAACAGGACGCCAAGAGCUGGGUGUUUCGUUUCCGUCGGCUCAGAAGGAAAGAAAGAUGAACGGUGGUGUUUCCGAGUGGAGGAACUGAACUGGGCAGACUGGAAGAAAGAGUUGGGCGUCCUGAAAGAAGACCCGACCGAUUCUGGGUUUUCGAGUGAAAAAAAGGACAGCAUUUGGAGCUGGAUGUCAUCCCGGACAGAGACACGACCUACGACGUCUGAGGAGGAAGAUGAGGGAAUCCCAUUGCGUGCUAUUAGUCAAUGAGAGAGGAAGAUGGAAUAGACAAUAAGAUGAGGACAUAAGGCUUCGGGGAUUGGGUUCCUUUCAACCAACAAUCCAACCACGACAAGAAAAAUCAUUAUUGAUAUAAUCUUCUAGGACAGGUAUACCUCUCAAGUUGUGAAGAAUAUAUGUAAGAAGUAAUCAAUAGUAAAAAUUCAAAAUCCAAUUUAGUCCAUCAACUACAAAGGAAAACAGGAACAAAGAGUCAAGAGAAAUCUAUUAAACUAGGCAACUGAAGCAACAGAAAGCAAAUCCCAUAGGCUUGGUAAACCUUGGUACAUGAAACUCAAGAGCAAAGGAAACAAGAACUUGGCGUUAUCCCGACGUUGUCUCAACUGAGGCAAUUGUCUCCCCCAUGAAUCAUAAUAAGCCCUUCCCUGACUCCAAAACAGCAAAGAACACGUUCUUUUUUAGCUUUGGUUUGUCAUUUUUCUUAUGUUGAAUCUGAGCUUAUCUCCUUAAUUCCUGCCUGAACUGCCUCUGUUUACUAAAACUUCUUUUUCUACUCCAAAACAGCAAAGAACGCAUUCUUUUUUAGCUUUGGUUUGUCAUCUUUCUUCUGUUGAAUCUGAGCUGAUUGCCUUAAUUCCUGCCCGAACUGCCUCUGUUUGCUGAAACUUCUUUUUCUGUACAAGAUCUUGCUCUCAUCAUUAACUCAAAAUCAGCUUCAUUCUCAGACAACUGCUCAGGGAACAGGGGUGAAAGGCCUUUCCCAAGCCUGGGACCUUGAGAGUCCUUUUGUAGCAGCUCAGACCUCUCUUUCGGAGCUCAGUUCAGGCCCAAGCGACCCCUCAUCCCCAAACCCAACAGACCCUGGCCCAGGAACCUGAUCGUCAUCCCCAUUCUCAUCAUGAACAUCAAUAUACAACACGUUAAUCAAACUGGGACAUGAUAGAGACAUCCAAUUCUCUUUUGCACACAUUCACACUCAGGAGAAACCUGCCAAAGGCUGAACGGCGCAAGGAUCUCAUUCGCUGGAGGAACAAUUAUCUGCAAAUCACAACAUUAUGCAAGAGCAGUGGUUCUCAAAAGGUUGGUGAAGUCGAGCAUGUCUCCCCCCCCCCCCCAAAAUAAGGGAUGGUAACUUAUAGUUCUGCAAAGGGCAAGGGUACCAGACUGCACAAAGGGGUGAAGUUUUGGUCAAUUUGCCAAGACACUAGCAACAACAAGGACCCCAUGAGGCUUUCAGGGAAGAGCCUGGCCUUGGAGGAAGUUAUAGUUUCCCAAGGACUAAGGACCAGCUUGAUCUUGGCGCUGCAAGAAUCCAUUCCUUGGCUCAGUGGAGAUCAUCAAGCACCCUUUUGUGACUGUUGGACUUUCUUCAAUUUCUUUUUGGCUCUAAAGAACUCAUUUUCACACCUGAACUUCCUCAGUAUGAACUAUGGACACGUGUUUUAUUAAAAUUAUUAUUUUAAUCAAUUUCUCUGGCAGGCAGGGGGUGGGAAGGGAUGCUUGAUAUUGUUGCAGAAUAUACGUUACCCGAGAUCAUUAGAGUACAGUCAGGAAGGAAGAGAACGGAGACAGCAAUCGAUUCUCAGGCCUUUACUAUCAAGCAAGAUAGGGUGUACAGACCAAAAGACUGUCACAACUUUGAAGUCGCAAUUGCUCCAGUUUUUAUAGCAUAAAGUCACUUGUUUACACAUGCGCAGAAAGGAUAUGACAUUUACACAGUACAAUCAUUAACAGGUGUUCCCAUGUAUAGUUGCCAAGGACAUCUUUAUCAGUCUUGGCACCCAUAUUGUGAACCCAAACAUCUGCUUGAUUAUGUAACUUAUCUCAACCUUCACCCGUUACCCUAAGAUGACACGUAUAAGUUCAAUUGCUUAAAUCUCUAAUUGAAUUAUAACUUAUAUAUACUUAUAACAUAAGAUUUGAUCAAGGCAAUCUCCUUUUAGUUAAAUUCAACCUUAAUAACUUCAUUAUAACUUAUUACUUAUAUGAAUAAUCAUGAAGGAAAAACAAUAGGAUGAAGCUCUUCUAAAAUUGCAUGCUAUUUACAUUAAGUAGUCAGAGGAUGGCGCUCUCUCACCAUAUGACCUUAGAUGUUCCAAGUUUUGGAUCGAUACUAUUGAUCUCUUUGUCCUGCCAAACUUCUCUUGUUGACUUCUUAUCUAUGUAAACAUCGGCUAGAACAAACAUCAGCUAGAACAAGGUUCUUGUAGGUUUUUUCGGGCUAUAGGGCCAUGUUCUAGAGGCAUUUUUCCUGACGUUUCGCCUGCAUCUAUUGCAAGCAUCCUCAGAGGUAGUGAGGUCUGUUGGAAAUAGGAAAAUGGGGUUAUAUAUCUGUGGAAUGGCUGGGUUGGGGCAAAAAGCUCUCUGCUGAAGCUAGGUGUGAAUGUUUCAGCUGACCACCUUCAUUAGCAUUUGAAGGCCUGGCUGAGCCUGGGAAAAUGUUCUGUUGAGAGGUGUUAAUCUGUGCCUGGUUGUUUCCUCUCUGCUGUUUUGCUGUUGUAAUUUUAGAGUUUUUUAAUACUGGUAGCCAGAUUUUGUUCAUUUUCAUGGUCUCUUCCUUUCUGUUGAAAUUGUCUACAUGCUUGUGGAUUUCAAUGGCUUCUCUGUGUAGUCUGACAUGGUGGUCAGCUAGAACAACCUGACCCAUGGUUCAGUGUCAAUCAAUAUUAUCUGCAGGUUUCUCAUGCUUGUAAAUUAACUCCCUGGAUCAGGUAGGAACAUGAAUCUUCUAUUUUAUUCUAAAUUAUUAUGAUUUCCCUUUAUUAUUUUAUUUUCUCCUAUCUACCGCCACAAUAUGAAUUUCUUUGGAUUCCUAUAUUUCCCCAUGUAUUUUCCUUAUUUUUGCCCUGGCACCCAACCCCUUCCCCCUUCCCCUCUUCGAGAAGGGGGAGCCAACGAGGAAGUUGCCCUUCCUUUGGCGCUGAAAAGGGCAAUCAGCGAUCACAAAAAUCCCAUAUCUUGGAACUCUUGCAUGGACAAUAGAACUUGAAAUUCCUAUUUGAUUUCGGAGUUGGGACCGUCAAACUGGAAUUUCCUUUGGCAAACUUUUUGAUCAUUUCACAAUGGGAGCAAGACGACUCUCGGGAGGUCGCCUUCCCCAACUUGGUUUACUUCAUUCAAAACUCAUCAUAACAAACAUCCACCCCAGCCUUUCUCAUUGUGCCUUAUCUGACGGCAACAGGAAAACUCGGAUUAAGUAAUCGCUAUUUAUUGCCCACCCAUCUAAGGACAAUAGACUGGGCAUCCCUUGCAGGCUGCUUUUUGUGGACUCAGGAUCCCCGAGGCAUGAAAUCCACUUAAUCCAUUCAUACACUCAUUGUUUCUACUUCGUCCCGCCUCCCCUCUCCUGAUUCGCCAGAGCGCUGGGGCGGUAGGAGCUCUCCCAUUGGUUCCUGCACAGCGGAGGAGCUCUGUGACUGGCUCUGACGCAGGGCGGGCGGCCGAACCUCCUCCCAGCUGUUAUCGCGCCAGCCAAUCACCUGCGAGCCGGGCGGAGGGUGGGGAUUUUGAAACUUCUAAGCCUGUAAACCCAAUAAGAAUGUCUCUGAUCUUUGUACUGGCAUGCUCUGUAGGCGAAUGAUUGCGACAAUGCAUCCUUUUCAGCUGAAUCGCUAAUAAAAACACCUCGGUGCCGCUUCUUCAA